CAGCCGCUCGGCCGCGCUCGCCGCGGGCACCGCCGGAGCCGCAGCCGGAGCCGGAGCCGGGAGCGGCCUCGAUGGAUCGCACAGAAUGAUGAAGUCCUCUGUCCACGCAGAAGAAGAUGACUUUGUCCCAGAGCUGCAGAGGAGCAUCCACCCCAGGGAGCGGCCGGACUGGGAGGAGACGCUCAGUGCCAUGGCGCGGGGCGCCGACAUUCCGGACAUCCCGGGGGAGCUGCAGCUGCGCUCCUGCGGCAGCACCGCCAGCAUGAAGGUGAAGAACGUGAAAAAAUACAUCCCCCCGGGACUGAUGGGCUGUGAUGCCUUUCACAGGUUAUCCUUUACAAAGGGGCACUUCCCGAAGAUGGCUGAGUGUGCACAUUUCCACUAUGAAAACGUGGACUUCGGCAACAUACAGCUCUCGCUCCCCGAGGAACAGAACGAAGUGACGAGGAAUGGCUGUGAGUCCAAGGAGCUGGUGUACCUGGUGCAGAUCUCCUGUCAGGGCAGGAGCUGGAUUGUGAAGAGGAGCUAUGAGGAUUUCCGGGUGCUGGACAAACACCUCCACCUGUGCAUCUACGACCGCCGCUUCUCGCAGCUGGCAGAGCUGCCCCGCUCCGAUGCCCUGAAGGACAGCCCCGAGCUGGUCACCCAGAUGCUGAUGGCUUACCUGGCUCGGCUCUCCAACAUCGCAGGCAACAAGAUCAACUGUGGCCCUGCCCUCACGUGGAUGGAGAUUGAUAACAAGGGGAAUCACCUGCUGGUCCAUGAGGAAUCAUCCAUUAACGUCCCUGCUAUUGCUGCUGCCCAUGUCAUUAAGAGAUACAUUGCUCAAGCAGCAGAUGAACUGUCCUUUGAGGUGGGGGACAUCGUGUCUGUCAUCGACAUGCCACCGAAGGAGCUGACCUCGUGGUGGAGAGGAAAGCACGGGUUCCAGGUUGGAUUCUUUCCCAGUGAAUGUGUAGAACUCAUCAACGACAAAGUCCCUCAGUCCGUGACCAACUCGGUGCCAAAACCAGUGUCCAAGAAGCACGGGAAGCUCAUCACCUUCCUGCGGACAUUCAUGAAGUCGCGCCCAACGAAACAGAAACUGAAACAGCGGGGGAUCCUCAAGGAAAGGGUGUUUGGCUGUGACCUGGGGGAGCACCUGCUCAACUCUGGCCAUGAUGUGCCCCAGGUGCUCAAGAGCUGCACGGAGUUCAUCGAGAAGCACGGCAUCGUGGAUGGCAUCUACCGCCUCUCCGGGAUCGCCUCCAACAUCCAGAAACUGCGCCACGAGUUUGACUCCGAGCAGAUUCCUGACCUGACCAAGGACAUUUACAUCCAGGACAUCCACUGUGUGGGCUCCCUGUGCAAGCUGUACUUCCGAGAGCUGCCCAACCCCCUGCUCACCUACCAGCUCUACGAGAAGUUCUCUGAUGCUGUUUCUGCUGCUACAGAUGAGGAAAGGCUGGUUAAGAUCCACGAUGUGAUCCAGCAGCUGCCUCCUCCCCAUUACAGGACACUGGAGUUCCUAAUGAGACACUUGGCUCGUCUGGCUGAUUAUUGCUCCAUCACAAAUAUGCACACCAAGAACUUGGCCAUCGUGUGGGCUCCAAACCUCCUCAGGUCCAAGCAGAUCGAGUCGGCGUGCUUCAGCGGCACGGCCGCCUUCAUGGAGGUGCGGAUCCAGUCGGUGGUGGUGGAGUUCAUCCUGAACCACGUGGACGUGCUCUUCAGCUCCAAGCUCAGCUCCGUCAUCCGCGAUGGGGCAGGGCACAGCUCUUUAUCCCGGCCCAAGUCUCUGCUGGUGUCCUCCCCCUCCACCAAGCUGCUCACGCUGGAGGAGGCUCAGGCACGGACACAGGCCCAGAUCAACUCUCCCAUCGUGGCAGACAGCAAGUACAUCGAAGUGGGAGAAGGCCCAGCAGCUUUGCAGGGGAAAUUCCACACAGUCAUUGACUUCCCAUCUGAAAGGAAAAGGCCUCCCAGCAAGAUGAAGAAGUCUCCAGUGGGGAGCUGGCGUUCCUUCUUCAACCUGGGGAAAUCCUCCUCCGUGUCCAAGCGCAAACUGCAGCGCAACCCCAGCGAGCCCUCGGAAAUGAAAGCCAUAGCCCUGGCAGGAGGACGAGGAGACAGCGGGACGCUCCGCUCGGCCAAGAGCGAGGAGUCCCUCACCUCCCUGCAUGCUGUGGAUGGUGAAUCCAAACUGUUCCGGCCCAGAAGGCCCAGGUCCAGCAGUGAUGCCCUGUCUGCCUCCUUCAACGGGGAGCUCCUGGGGAACAUGAACCGCUGCAACUCCUACGACAACCUGCCCCAUGACGACAGCGACGGCGACGAGGGGCUCAUCCACGUCCCUGCCCUCAUCUCCCCCCGCUCCUCGGAGGACGUGGACCUCAGCCCGCCGGACAUCGGCGUCGCCAGCCUGGACUUCGACCCCAUGUCCUUCCAGUGCAGCCCCCCGCAGGCGGAGUCCGAGUGCCUGGACAGCAGCACCUCCCUGCUGGAGUCCGUCGAUAUCAAUAAGGAGAAGCCAAGCCUGCUCAAGAAGGAUUUAGAAUCAGGCAGCCAGUCCCAGACCCCAGGCAGUGCCACAAGCUCUGAGCCAGUGUCCCCUUUCCAGGAGAAGAUGAGUCCCUUCUUUACGCUGGACCUGAGCCCCACAGAAGAGCAGGCCUGCAAACCCCUCAGCUUCUCACCCAAGACAGCCCGAAAGCCCAUCAAAUCUCCACCGCUGAGCACAGAACCAAUGGCCUUUGUGCUACCCAGCCGUGUGCCAGAGGCCGUGGGAGGAGUGCCCACCACAUCCAGGAACUCCUCUGCUUCCAGCUGGAGCAAAGAGAUUGGCAUCACUGAGAUCACAAACAGGUCCCCAACCCAGAUGUCCUUGCCCCUGAAAAACAGUGAAACAGGAACAGGGGAAGGAGCCCACCAAGAGCUGCAGCAUCCCCAGCUAGUGACUGCUUGCAAAGCAGAGUUGCCAGAAGAAGGGGAGAGAGCCAUGCCAAGCAGUCAGAAUAAGACUGUACCCAGUGGACACACCCAGCCAGGAGCAGUUGCCCUCGACUCCCCCCAGGAUCCUGUUCCCGUCAGUUCUGUGUCUCUUAUCCCUCCUCCUCCUCCGAAAAACGCAGCGCGCAUGCUGGCCCUAGCGUUAGCCGAGUCCGCGCAGCAAGCAUCCGCCCAGUCCCACAAAAGGCCAGGAGAUGCUCAUGCUGAAAGCACAAAUUAUGGAGAGGCUGAAGCUGGCACAGCUCUAGAAAAGCUCCAUCUCUCUGCGGGCGCUCCCGACAAGCUCCACCUGUUCACUGCUGUGCCCGAGAACCGCCUGCACUUCCAGCCCGGGGCACCUUUAGAGCAGGACUGCCAAGGCACGGCCGGGGAGCAGAACCACCCGCCCGGCGCACCUGGAGGCCAAGAGCCCCCGCCUCUCCACACGGGCAUGCCUGGGGACACGCCUGGCAGCAGGGAUGCGGAGCAGGAGCAGUCCAGCUUCCACCUCAGCAGAGCGGGGGACAAGGAGGCCUUCCCGGCCCACGCGGGCCGUGGGACAGGUGCCAGCGGCCAAAGCACCCAGCGGCUCUGGGCAGAUGUGGAGCACAGCUACACCUGAAAAACCUCCGGAGCCCACGCCAGGCUUUGUCUCCGAGAACAGUUCCAGUGCCCGUGGCUCCUCUUCCAUGCCUGCAGGCCACCAGAGCCACUUGGAAAAGCCUCGGGAGAGCACGAGGGCUCCCCCUCUGCACCUGCGCUCCGAGUCAGUCCCUGCCCCCUCCUCCUACGGCUUCACCCCACCCGUGCCACCCGUGAGGACGCUGGAGAGCAAGAUUGCAGCGGCCAUGCACUCCAGCAACACGGACGCCAUCAACAACUCCAACUACCACUCCUUCCUGGCCUCCUCCAUGCUGGCAUCCUCCGUGGAGGAGGCGCUGCUGCCGCCGCCACCGCCGCCGCCUCCCAAGCACUCGUCCAUGCAGCCGGUGUACGUGCCGCACCCCAAGGCAGAGAGCCUCCCCGAGCCCGCGGGGCCCGACAGCUACCUGCACACCAAGCACCAGUACCGGCCCGAGAGCGUCCCUGCCCACGGCUACCACGGCAAGGCCGAGCAGCACCAGCCCUACCCGCCCCGCCCGGAGCCACCCGUCACUGCGGGCGCGCGCUACGGCUCCUACGGCACGCAGGGCAAGGGCUCUGCCGCGGGCCUGCACCCCAAGCCCCGCAGCCGCACCGACUUCGUGUCCUCCGUGAGCUCCGCGGGGCUGCGGGGCAGCGGCUACGCCGAGGAGGCCCCCCCGUACCCCACCAUCCGCAGGGUGCAGUCACUGCACGUGCCCGGCCCGGCCGCCGCCGCCGCCAUCCGCUCCGUGCCCAUCUCCCGCACGGAGGUGCCCCCGGACGACGAGCCCGUGUACUGCCCGCGGCCCCUCUACCAGUACAAGCCGUAUCAGCCCCACUCCGACUACCACGUCACGCAGCUCCAGCCUUACUUUGAGAACGGGCGGGUCCAUUAUCGCUACAGUCCCUACUCCAGCUCCUCCAGCUCCCCCUUCUACGCCGCGGCCGACGCGAGUUUCUGUGACCUGGAUCCCUACAGCACCGUGCGGGUCCGGCCCUUCCAUGGCCUGCCCAGCCGCGAGUUCGGCCCCUACGUGUCCCGGCUGCAGGGCAAGGGGCUGUACCGCUACCCCAGCCUGGCCGCCUACCCCCGGGCGGGGCUCAUCAACCACCUGGGCAAAGAGCACAGCUUCGUGAGCAGGGACGUGCCCCCCCCCGCCCCGGACAUCAAGCACAUGUACAUGUCCUGGGACCUGGAGGACAUGGAGAAGUACCGCAUGCAGUCCAUCCGCCGCGAGAGCCGCACGCGCCAGAAGGUCAAAGGGCCCCUCAUGUCCCAGUACGACAACGUGGCCCCGCUGCUGCAGGACGAGCUGGGGGGCCUGGAUGCCGUCCACCUGCGCAGCAAAUCGGAUCCUGGCAAGAGCGGCCUGCUGACGGUGGCAGAAGGGAAGGAGGGCAGGUACCCGGCCAAGGCGGCCACGCCCGAAGGGGACGAGCGUUACUACGGGCAGCACGCGGAGCCUGAGCUGGACCGAGCCCUCUAUCACGGCGGGGGCUACGGGAACGGGCAGCCUGAGAAGCCGUCCUUGCCCCAGAAGCAGAGCAGCAUCCGGAACAGGAAGAUGCACGAACCAGGCAGCAGCAGCAGCGAGCACAGGACGUAUUUGCAGCAGGAAGCCAACCAUAGGCAGCCUUCCGAACCCAAAAAUGGGCCCCCCUACCCUGAGUACAGGCCCAAGGGUGGCCCGGAGCCCUCUGAGCCCAUGGGCUACCAGCACUCGGGCAGCAAGUACAUCCCAGGCAGCCAGGAGACCCUGAGGCUGAACCACAAGGAGGGGAGGCUGGCAGAGGACAGGCCGGACCUGGAGAGGCCCCGAGGCAGAGCGUCCAUGGAGAAGCACUCCAGAGACUGCUACAAGGAGGAGGAACACGCCGCCCCUCCCGUGGCGCCGCCGCCCAAGCCCGAGCGGAGCCACAGCCUCCGGAUGCGGGAGCACCCCGAGCCCAUGGAGAGGGACUCUGCCCUGCUGUACCCCUACCAAACCCUGGGCAAGCACCAAAGCACGAUGACUGUGGUGUCCCAGUACGAUAAUCUGGAGGAUUACCAUACCCUGCCUCAGCACCAAAGAGGGGGCUAUGCUGGAGCGGGGGGCUUCGUGCCCCCUGGCUUCCCCCACGUGCACAGCAGAACUUACGCCACAGCGCUGGGGCAGGGAGCCUUCCUCCCCACAGAGCUGUGUCUGCAGAGGCCCGAGACUGAGGUGCACGUCGAGUGAGCUCUGGGGGGGACGAGGGAUAGAGUCUAAGCAGCCUCUGCUGGACAGUGGACUGUUUUAUUUUUUCAGUGACAGUAAGAAACUCCCCGACCCGGCCCCAGUGAGCAAAGCAAAGCCCCCUCAGCCCUCCCCUGGCCCCCACUCACUGUUUUUAUGUAGUAGAGCUAUAGAUUUUCAUGUAGUUUUGAGCCACCUGGGAGGACAGGGCAGGCUGUUGGCACACAGGUGUUGCCAGAGGCCGAGCAGGGCUGACACAGACGCUGUUGGGGCAGGGAGGGAAGGAGUUUGCCCUUCCCAGAAGUGACACUGGCUGCUGCUCCCCACGCCCAGGGUCCCAUGCAUGAUGGGCUGUGCACGAGAACUGUGCCUGCAGCUCCAUCCUGCUGCAAACUGCCCAUCCCAGCUGGCUCCAGGAAAGGGCCGUGGAGGAUCCUUGGAGUUACACAGAGAGAGUGGGGCUGGGCAGGGCUCCCCAGGGAUCCUCUCCUUGCUGAGGCCCUGCCUCUCCUGUGGCUGCGCCCACUGCAGCUGCUCUGAGCUGGGUGGGGGCCUGUUCUGAUUUCAAGCCCAAGGAAUAGGCUCUGAAGCCAGCUCAGAACACAACACACUUGUUACAUUUCUUGCUUAUUAACAAGCUGCUUCUGCCUACAAGAAGUCCAUUUCCUUCACAUUUCUGUGUUGUAAGCAGAGGCCAGCUGCAGGAGCCAUGUAGGACAGGUUUGCAUUUCUCACACCAAAAGAAAUAAACCACUAAAGUACACCAAACCCAACCCCCAGAGCUGGGAACAGCACACACAUUCCGUGCCAGUCCUUCCUCUUUGCUGCAAGGUUAUCUGUGGCCCAGAUAAGCUCAUUCCAUCCUGUGGCUGGCAAGACUCUUGUCAUCUCACUGUAAAAAAUACUAAAAAACUAGAUUUAAAAAAAAGUCUAUAGGAUUAUAUAAAUCAGAGCCCUCCUUGCCAGCUGUGUGUGACAAGUUGUCUGCGUGAGCAGCUGCCCUGGGCCAGGUCCUGCAGCAAUUCCAUCAGGGAAUGCUCCUGCUGAGCUUAAGCUGGAGGUCUCCAGACUCUCUGCAGCCUCUGAGUUCCACGCUAGGCAGAGAUCCCUGCGGAGUUGUGUGCACAGGGAGCAGUGAUGAGCCCAGGUGCAGUCCAGGACUCAGUGAGUAGGAACAGAAGGCCAGUGCACUCUAGAAUACACUAAAAAUGGUGUUCAAGCUGUUGAAAAGCUUUGAUAUUGUAAAAACAGCCUGGCAGCCCCUCAUGCUGCCUCUCAGACUCCCCAGGACUCACACCCCCUGUACAAAUAAAGCACAUCCAUUCCAUUAGGUAGGGCUUGCAAGCAAUACUUGAGAUUUAGCAGUUUUUAAAUGUUCACUGAUAAAUUCCAAGGCCAUUCCUGUUCCGUGUGGUUGAAGAACUUCUCUACCUGUUUCAAAUCUCUAAUCUUUUAUGAAAAACCUGGAAGUCCUGCAGUUAGCACACAGCUGCUUAGGUGGGGCUUUUUGAACAAAAAGUUUCGUGGCUAUUUUGGGACUUUUAAAUCCUAAGGAAAGCCUGCUUCUAGUUGCUGACUACUCUGUAGCUUUUUGCUUCUUUUAACCUUGGAGCCUUGUCUGGAGCUGUUUCAGUAACUACCUUCUGGAUAUAUUUUAUUGUGCAAUGCUGGUGUUUUAAGCAUUUUGUUUAGAAGAGUUCUCACAUGUUACGGAAUGAAAUCAGGCAGUAAGAAAAAAAAGAAGAAAGAAAAAGAGAAAAAAGCAGCACUGUGAUCCAGGUUACCACAAUCUCCUCAUGAAGAAUUCCCAGGUAGAGGGGUUGGGGUUUUUGGUGAGGGAAUGCUUUUUGUAGUGUUUUCUUUUAAGGAAAACUGACAGAACUGCACAGAAAGGGACCACUGGGUGAGCCACCCUGUCUCCACUGGCAGUAGCUGCCAGGCCAGGCUGAGCUGCCCUGGUUCCUCGGAGCCAGGCUGGAUUAUCUGUGCUCCCCAGCAGAGCUGUGUUGUGCCAGGACCAGCCUCAGCCCCUGGCUACCUGCCAGGUCUCCAGUUGAAGCAGGGAUAAGUGUUUGGUUCAGGCUAUUUGGGAUUCAGGUAAAGAGAGCUGCAGGUCCAACCUCUCUCUCUGUGAAAGCCUUAACUCCCCCCUGCCCUCAGCCUCCCCUCCCUCUGCCUGGGCCUUACGUCAGCCAGGACUAUCCUGCCACUGCCAGGGGCUGCUCCAGCUCCUGGCAAUUGUAAAGCCUCUGGAUUUUCCUGCUCGAAGCCACUGUCUCCCUGUAGAGCCCAAGUGCCAUCCCUGACAGCCUCUGCUCCUCAGUGCUGUGCUGCUCUCCCUGCAUUGUGUGAAGUGCCAGGUGCAAAGCUCAUCCCAUUGGAAACAAACCCUUCAGCACCUUUCCCAAAGGGCUUCUGGAAGUGCACACCUGUACCCUAACCCAGAGGGCUGCUGCAAACAGCUUUUGGGAGUGAGGGGAAGAGGACAGCAGAGCCAGCAGAGAGAGCAGAGAGUCUCAGCCACCUCCCCCUUGGUGUGCAGCCACAGCCAGGUGUGCUCCGAGGGUGGGAGCUCUCCAAGAACCCAAACUCAUGUCCAGCACUGCUGAGCCACAGUACAGAAUUCAGAAAGGUGAAGGCACCAGCUUUUCCCAGGUAACACAGACCAAAACCUUUCCUUUGUUGUUCCUCCUGCCCACAGCUUCAGCAGCAUCCUGCAUGAUCCUACCCUGCCAAGCCAUACAGUGAACUAUGCAGUCCUGCUCCUGCUCUGGGCUCAGUCUGCUGGUCCUACAGAGAGUUUUACAUCCUCAUUAACUCCAGAAUUCAUAGGUGAGGUUGGAAAGGGUGUCAUGCAUCAGAACAAGGCAGGCAGGUGACACCAGGAGUCUCAGGUGGGUGAGCUGGAGGACGAUGACAGCCCAGUCCUGUGUCCCAGAGUGGAGAGAGCAGGGGGACAGCAACGCAAAUAAUCCUCUAAUCAAGUGCAGUUGUGCUUGGGCUCAGUAAUUCUUGCCUGACCACGUCCCCACGAGGUGACAGCAGCUCUGUUCCUCAGCAGUUCCCUCACAUGGACACUAUUGCAUCCGGAGCUGCCACUCCCUCUGUUUCCAGCAGAGGGUCUCCAGUGCAUGCAGAAUGAGGCUCCAGGAGUUGCUCCAGCUCUGGAUUUUCACCUCUGCUUUGGAGCAGGACGUGACCCGCAGGAGCCCUUCCUUGGGAAGGGGAGUGCAGUCAUAGGUGAGUAAUGAGGACUUGGCCCCUAUGAAGUCUUAAGUAAAGCAUUAAUUUCUGAUUUUUGCAGAGUCUAAUCAGGUGAUAUCCAUAUGCAUCUCUGAGAACACCCCCACAACUUUGUGCCUAUGUCUUUGCAGUGAUCCCCACCCCUGCUCCCCGCUGGGGGAUCAGUGAGGAUUGCACAGUGGUAGUAAGUUGCUACACAAAACCAAAACCGACUUGAAAACGUUCUGGUCCUCUUUGACCCGAGAAGGGACAGAACCUCAAGUGUGCUCUGCCCUGCCCCGGGCUGGUGCCAGGGCAUUGACUCAAGUGGUGUGUUACAUGUCAGGAAAUCCGGGUGAGAAGUUGUUUUCCCUCCUUUCGUUGUGGCGGCUUAGGCGCGUUCCUGUUCCCCGAGCCCAGAUCCCUGUGAGAGGCAUGGUGUGGUGUGAGCCAGCACCACGUUCCUCCUGUGUGCACAGCCCUGCCUUGUCCAGCUGGGGGGAGGGAGGGGAAAAAAGGGUUGUUUUGCCGUUCAUUUUCCUGCUGUAGAAGACUUGAUUUUUCUUUCCCUGAGCCGCAUGAGAGAAACAUCCCAGAAAGUCUUGGGUUACCUUUGGAGUUCCCUUCACUUUAAUUUAUAGAGUGUCUUUUUUUGUGAACUGGUGUAAAAUGUAUAUGCUGACAAGCUCAUGUAUUUUUAUGUAAAUAUUUUUUGUGGUUCCCCACUUGACCUUCUCUGUAAAUAUUUAGAAUUCUCAUAUUCUUCUCACCUUGUAUGAUGCAGAUGUGGUUUUGUUUCUGUUUUUUAUUUGUACUGUAAUGCAACAAUCCAGACUGAGGUGUCUUGUGGUAUUAAACAAAAGCAACAGUCCCACUGAGCUCACACUCAGAUGUGCAACUUGACAGCAUUAAUCAAGCCAGGUUAAAAACUA